AUGCCUGUCAUGGAAUCGCUAUCAGAUUCACCAAAGCCAUACUCAUGUGUAGUUUGCCACAAAAGAAAAGUGAAAUGUGAUCGCAAAGAGCCCUGCUCGAACUGUGCAAAAGCAGGUGUGGAGUGCAUAUAUCGCCCUCCACCACCGCCACGCCGUCGCAAAAGGGAGCCCGACGCGAGCGGAGACGCCUCACAGGAACGCGAAAAGUCACUCCGAUGCAAGAGCCCAGAGUCACCCCAAGGCGUACAAACUACAGCCACUAAAGACACAUCUUCCAAUGGGCACCUGCCAGGUACACCAGGGCCUAAGCAGGGUGGUUCGGGGAGGAUGAUCGUGAAAGAGGGAAAUUCGGUCUAUCUCGAUAAUACACUUUGGACAAGCGUCAGUCAUGAGCUUGCAAAUGCUACAGAAGUAUUAGAUGAUGAGGCGGACAAUCAUAGUGAUGCUUUAUCGCAGGAGGAUGAAACCGGAGAGGAAUUGAUGCUUAUGAGGUCGGCUACCAAAGGAAGCCUCACAAAUUUGCAUCCGAAUCCUUUGCACAUAUUCAAAUUGUGGCAGACAUUUCUUGAAAAUGUCAACCCGCUCAUCAAACUAUUGCAUACACCCACGCUACAACCUCAAAUAUUAGAGGCUGCAAGCGAUCUCCCGAACGUGGGGAAAGAAUUAGAGGCGUUGAUGUUCACAGUUUAUUGCAUCGCUUUGGUAUCGUUACAGCCUGGAGAAGUUGAGAAGUCCUUCGGAGAAAGCAGGAAGAAGCUUCUAGCCAGGUGUCGGCGAGGAGCCCAAAUUGCCUUGAGUAAUGCGUCGUUUCUUCGCACUUCAAAUCUCAUGGUUCUGCAAGCAGUCAUACUAUACAUACUGUCCAUGCGUGCAUUUUCAGAUCCUCAUACAAUCUGGACUAUGAGUGGUGUCGCCAUGCGAAUCGCCCAAAGAAUAGGUAUUCACCGAGAUGGCUCCGGAUACGGAGUCUCCGUAUUUGAAGCUGAAAUUCGACGGCGAUUAUGGUUUCAACUCGUGAUUGUAGACUCUACGUCUGCGCAGUUCUGCGGGGUUGCUUCGAAUCUAUUACCUGCAACAACCGAUACCCAGCCACCCCUCAAUAUCAACGAUAGCGAUCUAGAUCCGCGCAUGACAGAACCGCCCAGCGAGAAACAGGGCCCGACCGAAAUGAUGUUUUGUCUUACUCGCAGUGAGUACGGCAAGUGGCUCCGUCGUUGGAGUAAAAAUGCAGGCCCCUCCCAUUCCCCUUGGGGCUUCUUGUCCUCUCCAUCAUUGUCGCUCCAAGAAAAAGAUCGCGCCAUUGAUGAGCUCGAAAGCGCAGUGGAACAGAAUUUUCUGAAGCACUGCGAUCGGUCAAUCCCGUUGCAUUUAGCGACAAUAAUGAUGGGCCGAUCGGUGAUUCAUUAUACCAGGUUACUUGCCCAUCAUCCUCGACAGUAUCAAGACAAGGGUUCUCGUAUUUCACAGACUGAAAAGGACAUCAUUUUCGAAAAUUGCUUCAAAAUGACGGAAUAUGCAAAUUAUACUCAAAUAAAUCCUGAUGUUCAGCGAUUUUCAUGGCACACGGUGCAUCAUAUGCCCUGGGACGCUAUGAUCUUCAUGUUAUCCGAAAUGCGCUUUCGGACUGACGCAGAAGAGAAGAUACAAACCUGGGCAAUAAUUGGAAAUAUUUACUCUCGCCAUGUUCGACAAAGGCGUAAGGGUAUAAAACUGCCUCUUCAUCGCGCCAUAGAGAAUCUCAUGCUGAAGGCCUGGAAAGCGUAUAUCGAGGAGUGUAACCAUUUGCAACGAACCCCUGCACCCUGUCCGACCGUCGUGGUAAAUCUGCUUAGCAGUUCAAAAGUUGCCUCCGAGUCGCAGGGGACAGGUGAUGAUCUCAACUUAGCGUCGCAGGGAUUUGUCCCCGAAAAACAACAUGAACCAACUGCACAACUGGACGAGUCAAGCAGAGAUUUUGACUUUCUGUUUUCCGAGCACAGCCCCAUGGACUGGAAUGAAUGGGAUGAUCUCCUGAAUAAUUUUCAGGAAUCUUUAAUGGACGAUACAGCCUUGAUGGCGACCUCUACUUCUUGA